CGCAUUUGACACACUCGCCUUUUGCAGCUCGCGUUACGACGGCAGCGUCCAUCCAUACCUCGACACCCUUCAAGGUGUAGGGAGCGAUAAGCCGUUUAUUACCUUGCGAAUCUUAGGACGCGUCAUUCAUUUAUUUUCUCCUUUUUCCUCUUCACUGUCAUCGUACAGCCCGACCAACUCGACCAUCUCUUCGCUGUUAUAUCCUCAGUCUCGGCGUUGGUUAUCCUGGAUAUACCCCCAUCGUACCUGUCUGUUAUUGAUUAUCGAGGAUCAUGUCACACUCAGCUUCAUCGUCUAUUUCGACGCCCGCAGCUUCAGGAAGUGGGAGCAGCCAGAACUUGCAUCCGCACCUGGAAAACAACGACGAGAAGAACAGCGUCGUUAUCAAAGUCGGCAUGGUUGGUGACUCCCAGAUUGGGAAAACGAGUCUUAUGGUCAAAUAUGUGGAAGGCAGCUUCGAUGAGGAUUAUAUUCAGACGCUGGGCGUCAACUUUAUGGAAAAGACCAUCUCAGUGCGGCGGACGACGAUUACAUUUUCGAUAUGGGAUCUUGGAGGACAGAGAGAGUUCGUCAAUAUGCUUCCAUUGGUCUGCAAUGACGCGGUGGCCAUCCUAUUCAUGUUUGACCUUUCGCGGAAAUCGACGCUCAAUUCCGUCAAGGAAUGGUAUCGACAAGCUCGGGGGUUCAACAAGACCGCCAUACCGUUUCUCAUAGGCACAAAAUUUGACCAAUUCGCCACCUUCCCUGGAGAUGAACAGGAGGAAAUCACCAAACAGGCCAAACGAUUUGCACGAGCCAUGCACGCAUCAUUAAUAUUCUGUUCGACAUCAGCAUCGAUAAACGUACAGAAGAUAUUCAAGAUUGUGCUUGCCAAAGCCUUUGAUCUGAAAUGUGUCAUUCCCGAGAUCGAAGGCGUCGGAGAACCGGUGCUGAUCUAUGUAGAUGUUUAAGUAGUAGCGUGCUGGGAUGGAAUGACUACUCUUUCUUGGUGGGGGGGUUGUAGAUCCGUUGUAGGGGCGGGGUGGGAGGUGUAUUGGAUUUUUUAUUUUCGGA